GAUUGCUUUUGUCUGGCGGCGGCAGCAUGGCGGCGGGGGCGGUUGAGGUGGCGGCUGCUGUUGUGGAGGUCGGCUCAGCCGGGCAGUUUGAGGAGCUGCUGCGCCUCAGAGCCAAGUCCCUCCUUGUAGUCCAUUUCUGGGCACCAUGGGCUCCACAAUGUGGUCAGAUGAACGACGUGAUGGCAGAGCUAGCCAGAGAACACCCCCAGGUUUCAUUUGUGAAGUUGGAAGCUGAAGCUGUUCCUGAAGUGUCUGAAAAAUACGAAAUUAGCUCUGUUCCCACCUUUCUGUUUUUCAAGAAUUCUCAGAAAAUGGACCGAUUAGAUGGUGCCCACGCCCCAGAGUUGACUAAAAAGGUUCAGCGACAUGCGUCUAGCGGCUCCUUCCCACCCAGUGGUAAUGAGCACCCAAAGGAAGACCUCAGCCUUCGCCUGAAGAAGUUAACGCAUGCUGCCCGCUGCAUGCUGUUCAUGAAGGGAACGCCUCAGGAGCCGCGCUGCGGUUUCAGCAAGCAGGUGGUGGAAAUUCUUAACAAGCAUAAUGUUCAGUUUAGCAGCUUCGAUGUCCUCUCAGAUGAAGAAGUUCGUCAGGGCCUCAAAACCUACUCCAACUGGCCCACCUACCCCCAGCUCUAUGUUUCUGGAGAGCUCAUAGGAGGACUUGAUAUAAUUAAGGAGCUAGAAGCAUCUAAAGAACUAGAUACAAUUUGCCCCAAAGCCCCCAAGUUAGAGGAAAGGCUCAAAGUACUGACAAAUAAAGCUUCUGUGAUGCUCUUUAUGAAAGGAAACAAACAGGAAGCUAAGUGUGGCUUCAGCAGACAGAUUCUGGAAAUACUAAAUAGUACUGGUGUUGAAUAUGAGACAUUUGAUAUCUUGGAGGAUGAAGAAGUUCGGCAAGGAUUAAAAACUUACUCCAAUUGGCCAACAUACCCUCAGCUGUAUGUGAAAGGAGAGCUUGUUGGAGGAUUGGACAUCGUUAAGGAACUGAAAGAAAAUGGUGAGUUGCUGCCUAUACUGAAAGGAGAAAAUUAAUAAACGUUAGACUUGGUGCCCAGCUGCUGCAAGAAAGACUUCACUCCAGUGGAGCAGUUCACGACUGAGUCCUCAGGAGAGGACUAGCUGUAGAAAAUGCUCGUCCCCAGCUGCACUUUGUGUAUUUCACAAGGUUGGGCCAAACACACGUAUGUGACGUUUUUUCCACCAAAAAUAGAAUGCAAUAAACACCUUCAAGUUCAGUU